AUGGCGAUCACCAAUUAUGCCGAAAAGGACGCUGUUGUCUCCGCAGACACCAGCGAAGAGAAAAUGGCCCACAGCGAAGCAGUGCCCGAGAAGGACGUUGCUGUCAAUCGCGACUAUGCGGGUGCCGCUCCAAAGACUGAUCCAGCGGAGAUCCGUCUGGUCCGCAAGCUGGAUUUUAGAAUCAUGCUAACCAUCUGGAUCUAUCCACAUUUGUCCUUACAGCCGAUGCUGGUCGUCAUGUAUUUUCUCAACUACAUCGACCGUAACACUCUUGCCCAGGCACGCCUUGACAACCUCGAGAAGGAGCUGGGCAUGGAGGGCGAAUACCAAUUCAACACGACCAUUUCCAUCCUCUUCGCCGGCUACGUCCUGAUGCAGAUUCCUAGCAAUAUGCUAAUCACCCGGAUUAGGCCAAGCAUCUAUAUGAGCUCGUGGAUGAUUAUUUGGUCAAUUGUGUCAGCUAACUCCUCAUCCAGCUUGUACGUCCUUGGUCAAGUCUUAUUCUGGCAUGGUGAGGUUGCAGCUCGAAUUGCCGUUUUGUAUUGUGCACAGAUCCUUGCAACAGGAUUUGCUGGUUUAAUUGCUGCGGGAGUAUUUAAGGGUCUGGAUGAUGCAAGAGGCCUCUCUGGCUGGAGAUGGCUAUUUAUCAUCGAAGGCUGCACGACCACUGCCGUGGCGAUAGGGGGGUUCUGGUUUUUACCAGAUACCCCCAGCACAACCCGCUGGCUCAAUACCAGCGAACGUGAACUCGCCCACGCCCGAAUCGAACGGGAUAAAAUGGGUGAGGAAUCAGCCAAGAUCUCAGCCCUGGAAGGCCUAAGGCAAGCAACAACCCCGACCCACCCCAAUACAGAUAACACAUCUGUUGAAACGAAAGCCAACCCCUCACAAACCAGCGUCGUCAAAACCCUCGGUUUCCCCAAGACGGAAACCCUCCUCCUAACAUGCCCGCCGUUCAUCUUCGCCGCCGCCGCCGCCAUAUUCACGGGCUGGAGCUCUGGGCGCCACCACGAGCGUACCUGGCACAUCACCGGGGGUCUCAGUGUCGCAAUAGUCGGAUUCAUAAUCGCCUCGUCAACCCUCAACACGGCCGGGCGCUACGUCGCAUGCUUCAUCUUCCCCAUGGGCGCAUACUCGGUCAACUCCGUAAUCAUCGGCUGGGUGUCGUCGACGCUGUCGCAGACGCGCGAGAAGCGGGCCGUGGUGCUGGCGAUGCAUAACGUUGCGGGCCAGAUUGGGUACAUCUACGGUGCGUACGUGUGGCCGAAUUACGACAGGCCGCGGUUUGCGAUUGGGUUUGGGGUUUCGGCUGGGUUUGCGUUUGGGGCGAUUGUGUGUGCGUGGUGGAUGCGGACGUUGUUGAAGAGGGAGAAUCGGAGGUUGAAGGAGGUGACGGGGGAUACGAUUGUUAAUUACUACGGGUAUUGA